CCCGCGAGAUGAUAAACUAAUUUAGCACUAUGAUAAAUAUGGAGAGUAUACAGUUAAAUCUGGUUAUUAUCUGCUUGCGUCUAAGCUAAACCCCAUCACAAUGAUCUUUCAGACUUUUUGGAUACAAAAUUCUGGAAGUGCUUGUGGAGUAUCCCGGUGCUUCCCAAGAUUAAAUUCUUUUUGUGGAGGCGGAUCCAUGGUUUCCUUCUAGUUAUAGGAAUAUUGCAUUAUCGAAAAGUUAUUUCCUCCAAUUCUUGUCUGGUAUGUUGUGAGGAAAUUGAAGAUCCCAAACACUGGUUCUUUGAUUGUAGAAUAACCAGAGAAUUGUGGAGAAUAACAGGUUUAGAUCAUCUUUGAGAUACGAUAAAGAGAACCCCUUGGAUCUAGCUUGGAGAAACUUAUUAUUUACCCCAAACAUAUCCAAGAGUGAUGUUGCCUUCACAGCAUUCCUCUUUUGGAGAAUAUGGAAAGGCUGAUGCAAGGCCACUUAUGGACAUAUUUUAUAUCAAGUGCGCGCAGGUUCUGUACAGGCCACUAACAACUCAUGUGGACGAAUGUGGUACGAUAGAGGUACAAAAGGUUCAGAAGUCUCAAGGAGUGCAAAGGCCAAUAUCGCGUUCUUCCACAAGACCAAGUUCUCAGGCUCGAGGAUCAGACAUAAACUAUCCUAGUGAAGAUAUUUUGGUCCGCUUUGAUGGGGCCACAUAAAGCACAACAAGGUUGUGAAACUUGAUUCGUCGGCUUCACAAAUCCCCAACGGGUCUUCACUAAUGCUACAUCAAGGAGGUCUUCACACUGCAGAGCAGGAAUUGUCGUAGAGGAAGUCCACUCUCUUUCCUCUUCCUUUGAGUCAGUCUCGUGUCUAUUCGCUUCUCGGAGUUUCAACAAAGCUGCCCAUUUCGUGGAAAAACAAGCUCUCUUAUCGGGAGUCCAGUUGCAUACGGACUAUCGUUCUUUAUUAUUAUCUAUCUGUAAUUUGUAGACUAGUUAUGCCCUAGGGGCUUAUCUUGGUUAAAAAAAUUAUUGGUUUACAAAAAUUCGACACAAGCAUAGUGUAAGGACGAUAAAUUCAGUGUUGUAGUUAUUAUUAUUAAGCAUGGUUGCAUAUAAGAAAUCUCGUGUUCCAUAUCCAACUCUUUUUUAUUUUUUAUUUUUGGUAGAAAAUGUGACGCUAAAAGGGCGCCUCUGCCUGAUACUUAAAUUAACCGGGUUUGGGAAAUCCCCAAAACGUCAUACAAAAUCCAUAAGUUCAUACCCGGGUCUGCACUUUCAAAAACAUGGAAACCUAUACUAGUUGAGUGGCCUUUAUUAGCAAGAAAAUCUGCCACUUUGUUGCCUUCUCUAUAGAUGUGGGAAAUUUUAACUUCCCAGUUCUGUUGAAGCAAUCCCUGAAACUGAAGAACCAGAUUAUGGUACAUGUGCUCUAUCUGAUCCUGCGAGGUAAGAAUGUUGAUGGCAGUAAUAGAAUCCAAUUGGAGGAGGACUUUCCUGUACCCGUUCUUCCACGCCAUUUGCAAGCCUCGAAUGGCUGCAAACAAGGACAAUACGCACUAAUAAGUAUAAUAUUGUCACAAGAACAAUAAUAAUAAACGAAAAAAUUUGGUUUAACUUUUAACGUGACAUAUAUAAUUUAUAAAUUCGUUGUCCUCCUUUUCAAAAGUAACAUAUAGAAACAUAUAUUAAACUUAGGAGAACAAAUAAUUUCACGUUACAAUAAAAAGGGAAACCAGAAUACAAGAAAUGACAUAAAAAAAUCUAACUCAUGCUUUCACUUUAAUUGAAUAUUUAUAUUAUUAUUUUUUUGGUAGAAUAUUUAUAUUAUUUUGUUGUUGUAAUUUAUUAAUUAAUUAUAAUGUAAAAUAAGUAAAUGUGAGGGCAACCUUGAAAUAUUCAAACGUCGAGAGGGUAUAUAGGUAAAAUUUAAUCAUGGAUUUAUGGCAUGUUCCAAAUCCCACAUUAAUAUGUGGGAUGUACAAGUCCGUGAGAUCCACGAAUUUGGACCCUUAAAAUUCGUUGGCUCCACAAAUUUGAUUCCUAAAAAAAGUACCAGCAAACAAUGAAUUUUGCUUAAAUCCAUAAUAGAUUGGAUUUAGUACCCAAAUCCACAAAACAAACAACCCUGAGUUCUCCUUCACACGCAAGUCAUCACACAAAUGGGAAAAUAGACCACACGCAAUUAAGCAAUUGAAAAUAUGUACUUACCCGAUAACUUAUGCACUCUCAAGGCUCUUUGAAAGUGCAUUUUCCUUCACUUAAUGCAUGAAAAUUAUGCCUUUUGUGUUUGUUUGAUAUGUAAAUUAACAUUAUGUGUUUUUUUUUUUUUCAUUAACGGAGGAUGAAGCCUAGAAAUGGAAGACAACAGGAGAGGGGAAGAGGAGAGGAACUAGAUACCGGGGUAAUCACAAUCCGGAGCUCAAAAGAGAUCCUCUGACUAUCCUCCUGCAAGAUUUUACAAAGCAUGAUAGGAGGAUUAAUAAGUUCGUGCAUAUCGU